CGCAGCGGUUUUCUCUAGAGUAUUCAAUCUCAUUCUCCUUGCUAGCUAGAAGCUCAUCUAGCCUAGCGCUAACCCUUUCCCUUCAUCAUUUCACACACCUACGUACGAGCUACCAACCCACGCAGAUCCCAAUCAAGACAAGUCCAUCCAGGGCACGCAGGCCCAGCCCAGGAAACCUUGAUCUAUCCGCCGUCUCCCUCCAGUAGACGGUCCCUCGAACACCUCGCGCUUCCGUUUGCUUGGCCAUGUCUUUGAUAGAGCCGCCCUCCGCCUCGACGAGGGACCAGAUCCAUUCCUGCCCUGCACAGGACGCCAGCAGCAGCAACAGUAGCAGCAGAAGCACUUAUACCACAUCUCACGCUGUCGCCCACCACACGGCGAACCAGACGCACCACCGCCAGGACUCGUUCGACAACGUGAUAUACCAGGAGUUCUACCAGGCCUUGGAGGAGCACAGACAGCAACCGGCUACCAAGACCAACAUGGCGGCCACAGCAGCACUGCAGGAGGCGAGGCCCAUGAUGUUUGAGACGUCGGCCAGCGACACGUCUUCAGCGCCCACCUCGCCGCCCGCCCCACCACUCCCCAACAAGAACACCCGCCGGUCCAGGAUGCUGGACGGCAUGAUAAUCAAGCUCGAUGCGCAUCGUGAGGUCGCCACCCCUCACGACGUCUACCUCUCGUCCGAGGAGGACGCCUCUUCCUCGGCCGACGACUUUUCCGACUACGACUGGGAGAGCAGCAGCGAGGUGGACCUGCCCGAGGCCGGCGUUGAGCUGUGCGAGGGCAAGCUCGCCGCAUCCCCCACAUCGUCCUCGGGCUCGUCACCGUCGGUACCACCACCGCGGCGGAGCCACGAGAUCACAGCUCGUGCCGUCGCCGUCGUGUUUUCCGGAAAGCCCGCCAUGAUUGAGCUUUCCCACUGCAGUAAACGAUGCACUUCCCGCUCAGAAACCAACAACAACACACCUACCGCUCCGACAGUGAGCACAGACGACCUUGCGUCUUCGGCCUCUUCCGUCAUGACCUCGGGAAGCAGCAGGGUCGAGCCGGUCACCACCACCACGGACGAGGACGAGUUGCGCUACAACGGUCACUUGUCGACGAGGACGGACAGCCUGCACAGCAACAGCAGCAGCACCAGCGAUCUCUCCUUCUCGCACCGCAUGUCGGCCUCUUCGGCAUCGUCAACGCCCAGCCGCUCGGCGGCAGACAAGAUCAGCAUGGACAUGAACAGGAGGCAGAGCAGCAAUGCCAUGCUCACGGCCAUGCUGAGCCGGCAGCAGCCGCCGCCGUUCCUCAGCAUCGACCCCUACGCCAACGGAAGCACCUCGCUCAACGCCUCGCCCGCCCGCAAGUCGACGCUGUCGGCCGUCUCGCCCACUGCCCAACAGCAGCAACCGCCCACGUCGGCCACGCCAAAGACACCCAAGACGCCCACGGCCCUGUUCAAGGAGUUCUCGCGGUCCGUCAGCAACACGCUGAACCGCAAGCGCAGCCGGCAGUCGCUGGUCGGCGUCUCGACGCCCACUUCGGCCCUGCGCGACAGUCACGUGCUCUCGUCGCCGAUGCCGCCCAUUGACGACGACGCCGUGAGCGAGUACGGCCCGUCCAUCGACCGCGACCCGGCCACGCCCGAGCACCAACAGCCGCAGCGCCCGCGCACCGCAGUGUCUUCGUCCCUGCAGCGGCCCGAGCGCCGCGACUCGCUGCGGUCCGCGUCGACCUCGUCGCCCACCUCGUCCGAGAAGAAGACGGCGGCCGGGCCCAGCUCCAACAACCGGUGGAGCACCCUCAACGUGCGCCGGCGGAGCAUGAAGCUCGCCAACAAGAUCCUGUAAUGGAUUUCCCCCCAUGUGGACGCCCAUCUGGGGUCUUCGCACGGAUGGUGGGGGGGCUCGCGCCUUGCAGAUCGGCUGCAACCACU